AUGAGCAACUCAAAUUCGGUGCAGUACCCUGUGGCAACAACUCAUACUGGGGGCCAGGAUUUAGCAAGGCAGCAGGUGCUUAUUGUUGAUAUCGCAGUGGACAACGACCACGAACUCAUCGCUGUCUGCGGCAGGAGCAUCGGCAAACCAGCAAGCAUAUAUGUUUACUCAUCAAGGACUUUCGAACGAGUCCGACUUUGCAAGGCCUUUAGCGAGCGUGGUUUUUCCGCUGCAUCCUUCCGUGGGAAGUUUUCUUCAGCAGGCACAGAAGCGAGUACCUUUAAGCAGAAUUCGAAUACUUCGAAAUCUUUUGGAGAUGGAGCACUGCAAGCUGAAGGUGAUAGUACGCCACAGAACACCAUCAAGCAAGAUGAAAAUGACGAGAUCAAUGCAACAGAAUCUUCCUCGGGAGAAGUGGCAGCAGGGGGAAGUGCAGGCGGCGACGCCCUAGAGGAGGAGUUAUAUGACUCUGAGCAAGUGCCGUUGCUGGCUGUUGUUGGGGGCUCUUCCGUUGUGCAUUCGGAAGCUCCUCAUACACAACAGGAAACGCAGGGAGAACCAGCCCAGUUCGAUAAGCAGCCCGUUCUGUGCCAUCGACGGACCAUCAGCAGCAUGUUUAGGGAUCCGAGAAAUGCAGCUCAUAUAGUCUCCGCUGGUGAUGAUGGGCAAAUCAAAUGGUGGGCAACUCAUGAUGUACUGGAAGCGGUCAGCUACAUGACAGAAGAAUCCACAAUUGCAGUUCCAGUUGUUCGGGCCUUUACCAUGCCAGAUGAAAUGCCAAUCAAGCGGGUUCUACCCCAUAGGCAAUGGCAAAACCAGAUUCGGUGCGUUUCGGUGAUGCCCCGGACAAGACAAACAAACUGCCCCCUUUUCCUCUUCGGCUCGUCGGACGGAGUCGUGCGACUAUGUUCAGCUUCCAAAAAGGGAACGCAUCUACUCAUGGCAAUUAAGACGCACGCAUGCGCAGUCGUGCACCUGGCUGUCGACCCUACAGGGCAGUGCCUCGCGGUGUUGGGUGAUGAUGGCGUACUAUUACUUCUCAAACUUACCCAAUGUCAUCAGAGAGAGAAGCAAAUAGGAACAGAACAAGAUGUAGAGGAUCUAGAAGACUCUCACUGUGUAGAAAGCAGAUGGCAGGCAGAGCCUUUGGGGUUCACCACAACUCCUGAACCUUUGAGUCGGCUGGUCUGGGAGCAUCCAUUGCUCCUGCUCGGCCUGGCUGGAGAUGCAGCACUAUUGGUAUUGACAGGGCUGGGACAGCUUCACACGCAGCCCGGUAAAAACGCGACUACCGUUCCUGGCAGCGUGGGUUUGGUGGCAGGCACAAACGCUCUCUGCGUCGGGCAGAAAGCAUCCGUCGGUGACGCAAACGGGAAUGGACCAAGCAGCGAAGAUAGUUCAGACUAUACCGGAGAUGAUGGCGCGCAGGACGAGGAGAGCGAUUCCGCGGACCAGGACGCCGAAAACGGUGCCCCACUUCCCCAGAGAGACUCUGCCCUAAGUAUUGCAGAAGAUCCACUAGAUCUAACUGGAGCACUCUUCUUCAGGCAAGGGCAGCGGAUCGAUGUGAAAAUCCCAACAUCGGUCCUGCGGAGCAUAGUUCCGGAUGGCAAAGACCCACGCGAGGAGGAGGAAUUGAAUGGGAGCGAUAGCGAAGCCGAUGACGCCAGCGACCAUGACACGAUCUCCUCUGUAGCCUCUCGCGAAGCCCAGCCUAGAGGGGCUUCCUCUAAUGGAAGUCUUACAGAGCAAUCCGCAGCUGCUGACGAAACCCGGCGCGUCCUGGCAGCAGCAAUGAAACAGGAGCAGCGGCGUCGUGCGGCUGCCGCGGCGGCCGCAGCAGCAGCAGCCCGCCUUACUGCAAUAACAAUUGCGAGGCAGCUGGGCGACGCAAACCGAUUGGCUCUGGUUGCUGCAGCUCAGAGCGGAGCUUGGUGGAGAUGUGAAUUUGAAUAUGAUAUUAUCCAUUGCCGUUGCAAAGAGGGACUGGGUUCCGAGAGAGAAGCUGAUACAGAUGGGCCAGCGAAAGCUGAAGAAGACCGUAUAGAGGCACAAAAUGCCCUGAGAUGCGGACUAACACAACAAGCAGAAAAACACCAACAGCAGCAGCAAUUCCUCCGCCGCUUGCUCAUGCUAGAUGCAACCACCUACGAUGGUCAAUCGGCCAAUGAAAUGGAUGCGGCUUCGAAUGAGCCCACUUCCAAGAAAACAAAGGAGCCGAAACCACCGUGCCCGCGUCCGGUGCUAAUCAACAACAUUCUGCAGGUGGUUUCAGAUGAGUAUGAUAGUAUCGGCGCCAGCGCCGGUUCGGCCGCUCUGAGUGGUCCGGAGAGCCUAUCUCCAACAGACGCUGUAAAGGAUAUUCUUCAGCCAGAAGAACCCACUAUCACGGACUUGAUCGCACGCUUGACAGCCCUUCCAGGUAUUAAUACACAAGAAAUGAUGAUGGAGCUGAUCCUUCGGGAAGACCUCCUUCACAAUGAUGAGGCUGAGGCUGCGAGAUCCCUGGAUAAAAUUGAGCGCCAAAUACACGAUGCAGCAGAGCAGCAACAAGCAAUGAUAAGCAUGCUUGCGCGGCUAUUUGGCGGAGCUCUAGAAGCUGUCAGAGUGGCUGGCAUUUCCGAGGACCUUUGCGAGUUUCUUCAGGACAUUCAGCGACUAGAAACCGCAGGGCAGGCACAGUGCACCGCAGGUGGAGCUGCCGACAUGCAGGCAAUUUUGGAAGCUUGCCGAGACAAAGAACUGAGACACCUGCUGCUUCCUGAAGAGACAGCAGUGUCAUACACCCCUUCUUCCACCAGGCGGCUCACUGUUGAGCCAGAGGCAACCAAAAUUUCGAGGACUCAAGAAGUGGAGGUACCCGGAAUAUGCAACGGACCUGGGAGCCUCGUCGCUCUCACUUUGCAAUCUGAAGAGUUCACUGGGACACCAGGAGCUGCGCCUUCAACUGGCCCCCGGAGACAACGCAUGCUAGAGAUGGCAGCCCUUUUAAAGGCACAGCCAAAAGAAGAAUUGGCAAAUGCCCAAGAUGAGCAGCGCAUCGCAGAAACUAUCAAAAACUUGAAUGCAUGCAACCUCACCGCCUCUGGGACCCUGUCUCGGAAAAGCUUACCCGGGGCUGAACAGAAACUUGCAGACAGGAGGAGAGCAGAUUUGACGGUAAGGGCUUUCGAGUGCAUGCGGGCUUAUGACAACAGAACUAUGGCUUCAAGGAAAAAGAAACAAAUGGUGGAGCUUGCUGAGUGGGCAGCUGCAAAGGCAAAUUCCUUUAAUCGAAGGGUCAAAGUACUGUCGCAAAUGCGCAAGGAACUUCUCAGGGCAUCCGAUUGCAUCUUGCGCGAAAUUAGUGAGGCUCUGCAGGCUGCUGAGCUCGAAGGCUCAGCAGAAUUUUCCCAGGUGCAGUCGUUGGCGCAGAUGGUGGAAAGCGCCACUGUUGAGGACCAAUCAGACGGAUCCCUGUGGAGCAUCAGCAAGGAACAGCUCAUUGACUCCCUAGAAGGACGACUUAAGCAGCUGAACAACACUGGAGCCUUGUUCGAAUCUGUCGCUGCCAAGGCAGAAAUUGAAGAUAUCAAAGCUGCUCUUGCUGAGGCCCGUCGGCGGCCCGGAGAGUUCAUUGUGUCAUUUGAGCAUUUGCACCCAGCUGCGCAUACACGGAUUACGAAAGAACCGGAGGCUUAUUUUGCUGAUGUUCCAGGGGACCGUAUCGAUACUUCUACAGAGAGGAGUACUAGUGCCGCAAGCGACGAAGACCAAAAGCUCAAGGAACGCCUUCUGGACCUAAUUCACAGCCUCAGAAGAUGCGAGAUAAGCCAGAGCAGCACAGUCCAGACUGCUCUCAACUUGCAAGAAUGCUCAAAGAUCUAUGAGCACUACUACGUGGACGAGCCCGUCAAUUCUGGUUCACUGCCUCCAACGUUCAAAAGCUGGGCAGAGCUUCAGACUCUGGAGAUUCAAUUACAGGCCAACAGAUCUAUACAGACAGUUAAAAAUGCUGUUUUUACAUUUGAUCAAGAAGUACGAGAGCUCUUGAAGGACCGCACGGCAGUCCACCAACAGUUGCUCUUGGCACGCCUGAAACAACUGGAGCAACUCCAAGAGCUGACUAUAAUUGAAACAGUGGAGCCACGGAACGUACGACUUCAGCAGGACCUGUCAAGUGAGCAGAAGGAGUGUCACCAAGUCAAUAGUCGCCUUGAAGCUCUUGCUGCCUCCAUUUCUGAGAGGAGACAGGGAAUCGAGAGUUGCCGGGUGGUUCAUAAAACAGCCAAGCUAUCUGCCAGCCCCCAUGGUGGUGACGCUGAGGCUAGUGACCUGGAGGACGAAGUAGAUGAGGCUGAGCAACUACAAGGAAACUCUGGAGAUGUCGAAGAAGACAUCUGUCCUCUCGGGUGUGAUAUGGCGAUAUACGAGGCUCUUUUGGAAUUCAGAGACCAGAAAACGGCGAAUGACGCAACGCUGACAGUCCACCAACGUGAACUGGACGAACUGAAGAGGGAAUACGCGAAAGUCCAGGGGAUUCAGAAGCAGCAUGCAGCUCGUUAUAAGUCUGUUGAGGCAGCGAUCCACAAGUUUUUAAGGGAGCUGCAGAGCUCACUCAACGAGUUGGAGACCGUUGUGCCACUGCGAGCGUCCCAGAUUAAGUGCUUGUCGUCUGCUGAAGAGACGUGGCAACUCCCCGACAAACUAGAUUCCGCCGUCAUUUUCAGCAACGAAGGAUUCGCUGCUCUCCGCCAACAAGUUGCAGAGCUGCAACACGAAACAACUAUCGUGGCGGACGACUUGAAGCAACUCAAGCGCCUGCUUGCAAGUGCCCAAAGAGAAAAUAAACAGAGUUCACAGCGCCUGGCAACUCUUCGAGCAACGUUUAAAGCUGUGGAGUUAGUGAGGUUCGGUGCGUCUCUUACCCUGGAACAAGUUGAAGCAGCUGCAGUGGCUGCAGGUCACGAGGACAAUCAAGCACGUAGCGACCCAAUCAGGCCAGCAUUUGAGAAGGAUAUGGAAAUGGUAGCUGUGAAGCAAGCGCAGCUCAAAGACCAGCAACAGCAAUACAUGCAGCUGAAGCAGAAACUCCGGGCCAUAACCAAGCGUCACACUGAAUUGUUACACAGAUUUGCCCUGGCAAGAGAAAGCGACUCAAUGCUUACGCAGCAACUACAGGGCGAGAAGCGCCAUCACAACACAAGCGACGACGGGACAUUUGCCAGGAUGCGCCUAGACGAGCUGCGGCGCCUAAAAGAAAUGCUCAAGAAGAGCGAAAUCGAAAUUGAAAGACUGCAAGCUCUCGUCGUGAGGAUGAAGACAAAAGGCAAGCUUGUUCAUGUAGCAUACAUGCUCUUCGGCUGUGCUCACGUAGACCCCAGCAUACUAUGGCGCCGAGAUCCAGGGGUGCUCCGCGAGUAG